CUGGCGGUCUGUCUCCUACUGCUCAUCCUGCCGCCUCCUAGUCGCCCGGCCCCAUUGGUUACCGAAAACUUUGACGAGAUCGUGCGAUAUCUGCAUCGAUUCGGUUAUCUGAACAGCCCAGCGCCCAGUCUACACGAAUUUCGCACCGGACUCCGAUUGUUCCAGGAAGUGGUAGGGGUGGAGCCGACUGGUGAACUCACUCCGGAAACAGUGGAAGCAACGAAGAGGACGCGCUGUUCACAAAAAGACACGAGAAAGGAUACGGGCAGAUCGAAAAGAUUUGCUCUCUCGGGUACGUCAAAAUGGGACAAAAAGCACUUUACUGGUCUGCACGAGCUGUCUCUCAAGUGGUUCGUCUCCGAGUACACCAAUGAUAUCCCGAAGGCAAUUAUUCGGUGA